AUGCAAGUUCCGAAAUUCAGGCAAGCCGAUUUGCUCCACAUGAUGAGCUAUGACCAAGGUGGAACGCAUCACAGUUCCCUGGAGUAUGGGAGGAAAAGCGCCGACCAGGGGAAAGGAAUCCUUCCAGCGCAGCAGCUCACGAUGGGCGUGCCCUUUUACGGCCGUCAUAGCCGCAGUGGAGAGUGGACCACAUAUGAAGACUUGGUCCAGAAGCAUUGGCCCUUGAAUCCUGCGCUGGACGCGGUGGAUGUGCCAGGAGGAGCAAGCAUCGGCUUCAAUGGCGUGACCACCAUGAGCUUGAAAACCAACCACACACUCCAGGAGGGUCUGGCAGGGGUGAUGAUUUGGGAAGUUGGACAAGAUUGCCGACUCCAGCCAGUGGUCCAUGGAUCAACGACACAUGUACGCACAUGCCCAGAAGACGAGGCCUCGCUGCUGCUGGCUAUCAGCAGAACAUUGGCAGCUGCCAAGAGGGUUCGCAUGCGGAUGCCAGGUUGGCGGACUGGUGUCGAUCCGACUGAGCUCUAG